CUCACAUUUUAUGCCAAUCACAUUUUUGGUAAUAAGUUCGUGUUAUUUAAGUAAUUAUGAUAACGCCACGAUUUAGUUUAACUCAAAACGAUGAGACUGUUACUAUUACCAUUCGCGCCCCUUACUGUAGCCUGAAAGAGUUAGAUGUUAGCGUGGAAGAUUCGGAGUUCAUAUUUUCCUGCCGCCCCUACUACUUGCGUUUGAAUUUACCUGGUAAGAUUGAAGAAAAUGAUAAAACAAACAGUAAAUUCGACAGCGAUUCGGGUGAAUUUACUUUCACUUAUGAGAAAGUCGUAUUUGGUGAGCACUUCGAAGAUCUACAAUUUAUAACGAAACUGUUGGGUAAGAAAAUUGAAAUCGAAAGUGGAGGUCGUCUAAUUGAAGUUAUUGGCUCGCAAACGGUUCCCGAAACUGAAGUUGACGAUGACAUGAAAUAUGGAUUCGCUAUGCGUGGUGGUUACCGCUUUAAUAUUAUCAGUGGGGAAUUUGGAGAUGUCUUCGACAUUGACCCUCACGAGGUGAAAUUUCAAGACAGAACUUCAUUACGACACAAGAAUGAACAGAAGGAUUUCAAUUCGGAACACUACUUGGCAGAUUUAUUUGAUAAUGACGAGCUUAGUGAAUUACUAACUUUAAAAGUACCUUGGGAAGACUGUAGCGUGGAAUUUACCUCAAAAGAAUUGGACUUCCUUAAGGACUUACCCAAUGUUGAAUAUAAUUUAAGUGCGCAACAAAUCCAAUUUUGUCACAAUAGUUUGUUGGAUAUUCUUUAUAGCUACUGUUACGAUUGCCGAAGCACAUGCUUUGACUCAACGUGCGAAUCUGGUUGGACUAUUUCAAAAUUGAGUGCCUCACUGUGCUGCUUUGAUAGUUUUGCAACACCAAAAGAAGCAGUAAUAUGUGCAUUUAGACGAAGUUUAAUUUAUCCUCUAUAUCGAAACUUUAAUUUUUGCCAGAAAGUGCUAUCAGAUUUAAAAGUGCUUAUUAGUCGUGGCGAUCAAUAUAUAAUAAAAUGUUUAAUUGACAUUUAUAACAUAUUUUUAAAAGGGGACAGUGGUCGUUUUAUUCUUAAUAACUUAUUUAUUAAGGACUACAUUGUGUACAUCAUGAAAUGGGAUAAAGAGCUGUGGUGUAAAACUGUUACAGUAUUAAAUAGUGUCACCAUUCAAAAACAAGAACUUGGCUUAAACUUGGUGCAAUUGGAAAAGGCAGUCGAAGAAGACGAUCUAACCAGUACUUUGGCUAACUUAAGUCUCAACCACUGCGACUCUGAUGAUAGCGUGACCGACACAGAUACCUCUGACAGUUGUGAUGACGAUUAAAUCCUACUUACCAACUGUUGUAUAACGAACAUAAG